AACAGCUGAUUUUAUAAUAGUCAGGCAAAUCGGAAAAUUGAUAUCUACUGGAACGCUUUUAUAAUUAGCCAACAGGAAAUAUCCAGUUCAACAGAGCCAGACAUCUGGAAUACAAGUUUUGAAAAGCCAUGCCCAUAUCGGAAGUCUACAAAAAUGGUCUCCGAGACUUCUUGAUGAAUGAGAAAAACAGGGCUGUAUUGAUACAGCUAGCCAAGAGUACGACAAAAAAUGUGUGUAAAAUCGAAGAUCCUGGGGACGCCCUUGAUUACCUGAUGGCGCACGUUGAAGACAUACACGUUUUAUUGUCCAAACGUCUCGUCACGCGCGAACUCCUGUUUAUGUAUGUGAAAAGACGCUUACCGCAGAUAGCAACAAACUUCACCAAGGCGGAUUUGGUAACGAAAGUUAUCCAGUAUUGGGAGCAACAGCAACCCGUAGAACCCAUUAACACACCAAGCAACGAAGAGGAGUAUCCCAUUCACACUAUCGCUCGGAAAUUCGGCGAGUGGUUUUUUGAACGCUUUAAUUCUGACCAGCUCAGCCUUAUAGAUUUGUGGAACGAUGCGGCAUUGCACUUGACCAUUAUUGCUAGCGAUGGAAUUAAUGUGCAAGAGUGUCAGACGGCGGCAGAAGUACUUUCAGUACUUAUAAGUACAAAAAAACAAUUUGGCUUCCAGUUUAAUCCAAACUUAACCCACGGUGGAAUACAAGGGCGCAUGGAUUCCUAUGGUCAAGUCUUGGUACUCUCCUGUGGAACUCUUCACACAACCGAGUCCUGUGUCGGCGUUUUUGAAUGCGUCUUUGUACUGUUGCGUGAUCCCUAUUCCGAAAACAAUUGGAAGCCCAAAAGAAUUAAAUGCUUGCUAAAGAGCGAGCUUCAGCCACGCAUCCUCCAUAGUCUGAGAGAGUGCGAGACUCUGCAGACAGUACUGUCCCUUCCGAUGCCUAACGAAGAAUUGGACUAGCGGUGGACUACUAUAGAACGAUUAAAUGUGAAAUGAACUAACCUUUCAAUAGCUCAGGAGCCCGUCCACCAUAUUAUAUCACGUAUCUGUUUGGUUAUCUUAACUUACCCUUAGCUUAGAAAUAUGGAAGUUAUUUUGUAUAAACUUACAAUUUCACGCGAAGAUCAAAGAGGUCUCCGUAUAGACUUGUGUAGUCAACCCAACUGAAAUUUCAAAGAGAAUGUGGACAUUAGAAAAGAGAGAGAUUAUAGAACUCUGUCAACAAUAGAUUAGUCCCAGUCAUAGUUUUUAGUGUUGAUUGCCAACUUCAAUUAAGAGAAUUUUGCCCUACAUUGAUAGUUUUGAAUAAGUAAAGAAUAAAUACAGUGCUGUUCUACGAGAA